AUGUCACUUGCAGCGCUUGUGGAUACAGACCAAUCAGAGUCUCCAGUAACCGUUGAGAGGCUUCGUAGCCUUGCUCGACGUAAUGGCUUCACCAUUCCACCUCAGCAUGAAGCCUCCUGGCUACUGGGACUACGCUCCUCCUACUUCAUUGCAACAUACGUCAGCUCACUACCAGUAUAUAUCGAUCCUAGUCUGGCGCCAGUACCAACGAAGGAUCAGAUUCGUGUCUACGGGCGACCAGAUCCGCAAUCAAAUGCUUUGAAUGCAUGGUGUCACACCACAAGCCUACAGGCGAGGGAACCCAUGAGCGACUUACUUAAGGAUAGGGGCGUGGUGGCGAAGGAUACCAUAGCAGUCGCAGGUGUGCCGCAGACAUUGGGUACUCUACCCCAGUUUAUCUCCCGCUCGAAGGAGUACCCUUGUUCCACUAUCGACGCUCCUGUUGUGCAACGACUUCUACUGGCAGGAGCAACACUUAAGGGAACCUCUACCUGCGAGAACUAUUCCCUUUCGCCAAUGUCCUACACUUCUGCUUUCGGCCCUGUUCACAAUCCGUGGCAGCAUGGCUACAACAGUGGUGGAAGUAGUAGUGGAUCCGCAGCACUUGUAGGACUCAGUAUGGCUCGACUGUCCGGACAAGAGGGUCUUGAACACUUAGGUCCCGCUGUAGAUCUUGCGCUUGGCGGUGAUCAGGCAGGCUCGAUCCGACUACCUGCUUCAUUUUGUGGCAUUUAUGGUCUAAAACCAAGCUUUGGUCUUAUACCGUACACUGGCAUCGCUGGUCUCUCUGCGAUGAUUGAUCACGUGGGACCUUUGGCAACGACCAUCGAAGACAUAGCACUCUUACUAAGUGUGACUGCAGGCUAUGACGGUAUCGAUCCUCGCAUGAGUCCAGAAAGCCCUUUAAGAGACAAUGUAGUCUCCUAUCAUGAUGAGUUGGUGAAGUUCACCCGCAACUUCUCCCUGGAACAGCACCGUGGUCUUCACAGACCCAUCCUUCGCGUUGGACUCAUUAGUGAGUCCUUCACAGUAUUCGGCAUGUCCCAAGAGGUUGCUUCCGUUGUCCACUGUUCAGCAACGAAGUACUUCUCCGCAGUGGGGGCACAAGUGUCCACGAUAUCGAUACCCCUACAUCUGGAUGGUCCAGCGAUAUGGACAGCUGCGGUACGAAAUCAGAUGGCAUCCUCAGCAUUCGGCGGCCGUGCCGGCGAGAUGUUGACACAUGACCUUCCACAUCUAGCUCCACGAUGGCCACUGGGUCAGGAAGUGUACGAUCACUUAUCCACGCACAACCCUGCAGUCAUACUGACAGCCCUUGGCGAAUCACUGCUCACAGACUGUGACAUGCUACCACUCUCCGCUCAGCGUACAGCCCACAGACAAGCGCUACAGCUUCGAGCCGUAUAUGACAAAGCAUUGGAGGAGGUUGACGUUCUGAUCACGCCCACUGGACUUACCGCAGCACCACCACUUCCAAAGCUGGACAAUGGUCAUGAAGCCUCGAGCUCGAUUGAGAAUCUGCUCAGACUUUCAGCAGGGUCAACCAACAACACUUCACCCUUCAACAUAACUGGGCAUCCAGCACUGAACGUGCCAUGUGGAUGGGCAACAACUCCGGACGGCUUGCACAAACUCCCUGUGGGCAUGCAAAUCAUAGGCAAGCGGUUCGGUGACUUCGAAGUUCUCAAAGCCGCGAAAAUUUCGAGUUGGGAGGAGGACAGCUGGGACCUCGGCCUGGAUGAAGGAGCUGCUACCAGAGCCUCGGCGAGGAAGCUUCAGACACCAGGCAUGGCUCUGCUUAAGAGAAAUGAGCAUGCGAUGUAUCUCUUCGAAGUCUCAAGCAGUCUAGCGCUAUUCACCCACCGUUGGAGCAACAUCAAGGCGCUGAAAGUUUUCUCCGUGGUUCAUUUACGAUGA